AAGGAGACUUGCCCAGCGUUUCGCCGCCUGCCCGGGAAUAGAACCCGGGAUCCGCUCGCCUGUGGGGCGAGUGCUCGAACCACUGAGCUACAGAACUCCACAAAGUACUCUGCCUUGCCGACAGAAAUAUAGUUGCUGUGAGUAUAAUCUAUGCCAUGGAUGUUCAGUUCCACCGGACGGCAGCAGGCAAUCACCGACAUUUGCAGAGGAAGGACACCCGAGCAGCGAUGAGGCGGGCAUUUUCCCUUUUUAUUAAGUCGAGACAAGCACCAGAAGCCAGUGCAGCAUCAGCACAAGAACUGGAUGUUCAGAAAGUGCACUGGGAGUGCUGUGGUCAGCAGUUUGAAAAAAAGAUGGACAUCCACAAACAUGCAGCAAAGGAACAUAUGCCAGAGGUUUUACAGCAAACUGAGGCAGUGCUGGAAUUGUUGGUCCAGCAGAACAGCAAGCUGACGGCAAAUCACAAUUUCGGAGAAAACAAAAGCGCAUCACUGGAACUCAGUGGAACCAAAGAGGAGUUUGAUGUCUGCGCUUGGUUGCCUGACACAAGCCACGUAACGUUUGACGAAUUAACCUGUGAAGCCGGAGAAGUCCUACUUUAUUACUGUUAUUGUGCUAUAGAGGAGCCCAGGAUGAUCUGCACAUGGCAAACAGCUCUGUGUCGUCAGCUGCACCUUACAGGGAAGGUGCGUAUUGGUACAGAAGGAAUUAAUGGAACAAUUGGUGGAUGCAAAACAGCCACUGAGUUAUAUAUUCAGGCUAUGAUUUCCCAUCCACUCUUUCAAAAUAUGUCCAAGGAGGACUUCAAGAGAAGUGCUGGUGGAGUCAACUGUUUUGCAGACCUGCGAGUUGGAGUUUUCAAAGAGAUUGUUCCCAUGGGUGUGGAUCCUGAGAAAGUUUCCUAUAAAGAUGCAGGAACUCAUUUGACUCCGGAAGAAUUCCACAUGAAAGUGGAAGCAUUGUCUCAGGAUCUGGAGAUUGACAAAAAAACCAUUCUCUUAGAUUGCAGGAACUUCUACGAGAGCAAAAUAGGAAAUUUUCAACACAGCCUUGCUCCAAAUAUCCGGAAAUUCAGCUACUUUCCAGACUAUGUGGAUAGAAAUCUGGAAUUUUUCAGGGGCAAACAGAUCCUUAUGUAUUGUACUGGUGGAAUCCGCUGUGAAAGAGGGUCAGCCUAUCUGAGGUCAAAAGGUGUUUGUAAAGAGGUCUACCAGCUCAAGGGUGGAAUUCACAAAUACCUUGAGCAAUUUCCAAGUGGUUUCUACAAGGGGAAGCUUUUUGUAUUUGAUGAUCGCUACACCAUUCCUGCAAGUAAUGGCAUCAUUUCAGAGUGCAGUUACUGUGGAAUCCGGUGGGAUCAAUACAGACUUUGCAGUACCUCUUACUGCUGUCAACUUGUUUUGUCCUGCCUUCGCUGUCGAGAAAAGGGUCUUGUUGCCUGCUGUCUUAUAUGCCAAGAAAAAGGGAAAAGUGCAUCUGAAUCGCACUCAGGAGCCCCAGUAAAGGAGGAAUGUGACUGUACAGAAAAACGGAUGAAAAUUCCUGUGGAACAUAUUUAAUUUCAUUGACAUUUAUUCGGAGUUUAGCAGUAUUUUUUAAAUGAAUCAAAUAAGUAAGAAUAAGGCGAGCGUGUUUAAAUUGAAGUCACAUUUUCUUAGCAAAGAUGUCUUUUCGCUGCACUACAUCUUACAACGGUGUAAAAAAAACCACACACAUGAAUCGGUUUUAAUUCAAUACGCUUCCAAUUAAACUAUUUGAAAAGGUUAUGUUACCUGUCCUUUCUGGUACAAAUUGUGGUAGCGCAUUCAGUAAACACUGCACAUCAACCACAUGCACGUGUUUUCAUAUCCGCAAUGGGUCACAAACGGUUCAGAUGAAGGGGCUCUUCUGCCUUAGCGCAAUUGCCUGAAAAUAUCUUUCUACAAAUGUACUGCAAUGCGGGAAUAAAAUACAAAAUGAUAUCCUGUUUCAGCC